CGCCGCCCAGCCCCCUUCAGCGCCCUUCCCAAGAUGGCGCCAGAGCACUUCCGCCCGCGCGGGGAGCCCCGUAGCGGAUAUAGCGGCUCCCGCUUCCGGUGCGGCCCCUUUUCGGUGGCGGCUGCCUCCACGCCGACAUGCCUCUGGCGAAGGACUUGCUGCACCCUUCCCCUGAGGAGGAGAAGAGGAAGCACAAGAAGAAGCGGCUGGUGCAGAGCCCCAACUCCUACUUCAUGGACGUCAAGUGCCCGGGUUGUUACAAGAUCACGACGGUGUUCAGCCACGCUCAGACCGUCGUGUUGUGCGUGGGCUGCUCGACCGUGCUAUGCCAGCCCACGGGGGGCAAGGCCCGGCUGACAGAAGGCUGCUCGUUCAGGCGGAAGCAGCAUUAGGCGGAGGGAGCGGGGGAUGGAUGGGACUACUCGCACAGAGCUGCGCCUCCAGCCCGGAGCCCGGCGGGCGUCCACGGAAGGCCACCCACAAAUGUGACUUUCCUGCUGUCCCUGUGGCCCCACCCAUCUUGCUGUCAAUAAAUUUUGGAUAAAAUACAUACAAAUUA